AUGGCACAAAGUUCAUUUUUCUUUUGCAUUUUAGCCCUUGGUUUCUUCUUCGGUGCCUCGUACGCCUUCGAUCCUCGUCCGCUCCAAGAUUUCUGCGUCGCAGACCUCAACAGCACAGAAUAUUUAUUUGUAUUGGUCAAAGUGAGAGUCAACGGUCUACCAUGCAAGGACCCUGCAACCGUCACAGUGGAUGAUUUCUUCUUUAGAGGGUUCAAAUCAGCCGGAAACACAUCCAACCAAUACAGCUCGUCUGUGAUACCAAUGAACGUGGCUCGAGUACCGGGGCUCAACACACUCGGCUUGGGAGUGGCUCGGCUCGACUUCCUGCCAGGUGGCUACCUGCCACCUCACCUCCACCCUAGGGGUACCGAGAUCUUGAUUGUUCUAGAAGGUCGUCUCGAGGCGGGCUUUGUAACUUCCUACCCUAACUACAAACACUACAGCAAGAUUCUCGAAAGUGGCGACGCUUUUGUUAUACCCGUCGGACUUGUUCAUUACUUUAGAAAUUUGGCCGAUAAAAAUACGGUGGCGUUUGGAGUUGUGAAUAGCCAGAAUGCCGGGAUUAGUGUCGUUUCGAACGCAAUUUUUGGCGCCAAACCGGCGAUUAGUAGUGAUUAUUUGUCCAAGGCUUUUCAGUUGGAUAAAAAGAUUGUCGAAGAGCUCCAAUCCAAGUUCUAGAUAUUUUAAUUAUAUUAUUAUUUCAGAUUAUUGAUUAUGUAAUUUAAUUUCCAGUGUUUAUAUUAAUCAAAUCAAAUAAAUUGAGUUCUUUCUUUUGACCUUAUUUGUUUGAGGUAAUAAUAAUAAUGUUUCAUAUUGCAUAUAUAACUAUUAAUUAAAAAUUGAUAUUCAUUGUUUGAG